ACGUCGAGUCGUGCUCGUGGUUAGACGUUUUUUCUCUAUUGCUCGUCGAUAGCGUAUUCCAAGCCUUUUAUCUCAACCGGAACAAUGGACUCGUCCGUUGUGUGAUUGCUGCGAUCUGCAGAAUUCUAUUGUGUGCGCGAAGUGAGGUUAUACCCGGAUACCACGUUUGGUGGAAAGAUGGAGAAAAGAGUGCGAGUUAACACGUUGAAGGUUACCUUCAAACGUGGUUCUAAGGAACCUACGGACGCGGAAAUGUUCCAGUUUUGCCGGGAACAGCAUUUCAAGCCGGAAGAAAUCUACUCGGUCCACAAGGACAAGGAGUUGGGAGCCAUCAUGAUCAAGCUCAAAAAUGAGAAUUUGAUGCGUGCGGCCAUCCAGGCCCUGCAGCCGGUACUGAACUUCAGCUACUCGGACGGAACAACCACGGAGGUAACAGUUUCGGAUGCGGACAACUCUUUCAAGUACGUGCGGGUCUUCAAUCUUCCCCCAGAGAUUGACGACAAGGAAAUCUAUCAGGCGUUGUCGCAAUACGGCACUGUCCGGCAGCAGGUCCGGGAAAGGUACCAUCAAGAUACCGGGUUCCCGGUGUUUUCUACAGUUCGCGGACUGUACAUGGAGAUCAGCAAGGAGAUACCCCCACAGAUCCGGAUCCGACACUUCCAAGCCAGAAUUUAUUAUGAUGGUCUUGUUAACAAGUGCUUCAUUUGCCGGAGCCCCGAUCACGUGAAGCAGAACUGUCCCCGACGAGCAGCACCAGUUACCAAGACCCCAGCGCAAGGACGGCUGUACAGCGAUGUGGCCGCGGUGAAGUCUCUGCUGCCGGGUUUUCUGAACCGGCCGUUAUCGGAAACAGAUUCCUGCCAGAUGACGCCCCUUGGCAAGCCAGUCGGCGGGAAGCAGUCUCCCCCAGACAAGCCGGAAGUGCCAGUUGAACCAAUGGAAGCAGCAAUGGAGCAGAGUGAAGUUCAACUCGUGGAGUCGCCCGUCUUUCGUCCUAAUUUGGAACCUGAAGGGACACCAGACCAAGGCAAACAACCGGAUCAAGAAGGGAAGUGGCAGCUUCAAGGUCGGAAGGGACGUUCGAAGAAGCGACCGGAGUCGUUUUCGCCUGGAGCAGAUACCUCGAAGAAGUUGCUGAGGUCGCAGUCACUUCGCUCGCGGAGUAGGAGUCAGCGCCGUCAUCCUAAGGGAGUUCCGGAGACAAGCGAGCCGCAGGGAGCGCUUUCGACGUCUGAUGGACAAUCGGACGACCAGAUCUUCAAAAAACCACUACCACCACCAUCCCCAUCCCCUGAACAACAGAAGUAAGUU